GAGAGACAAGAUAUAUCCUUGAUUCACAAAAGUUUGGUGUAGGAUAGAUCGCAUGAUUUUGUCCGGUAGCAUGUUGCCAUCUCGCGCUUUCGCUCUCUAGUCAACUGCGACUUGGAGAUUGGUAAUCUUGGGCACAUCAACGUGUAUUCCAUCGCAUAUGUGGUGAUAUUCAACCACUAGUAAUUAUCUUUCACGUUGCUGGCCGAACUAUUUAAAAGCCUUGCAAUUCCUCGAUUGCAGGUAGAUUAUAAUUCAAAUCAUCUUUCUUGAACGGAUUGAAAACUCGGGGUUCUCAUUGUACACUGCAAACUAGUUUCAAUAACUGCAACAUUUCCCAAUUUGAUACCUUUUAUUUUACCGAAAUCAUCACAACAAGAUGUCAAGCUUCGUCGCCGUUGCAGGUGCAGCAGGUGAUCUUGGCGCUCGAAUUGCCAUUGAUCUACGCAGGAGAAAUGUAGCCGUUAAAGCUCUUGUACGUCCCGGCACCGCAGCAUCCCGCACCCAAAAAUUACGAGAUGCUGGCGUCAGUAUAGUAGAAGUCGACAUGAGCGAUGUUCCAUCUAUCUUGAAAGCCGUCACAGGUGCCACAACAGUUGUCUCAGCGCUUCAGGGUCUCAGAGAUGUUAUGCUAGGUGUUCAGGGAAGGCUCCUCGAAGCUUCUGUUGCUGCGAAUGUACAGCGAUUUAUUCCGUCUGAUUUCUCUUUGGAUUUUACAAAGACCACGCCGGGAUCCAAUAGAAAUCUGGAUCUUCGUCGUGAAUUCCACUCCAAACUUGAUGCAUCGGGAAUUCGUUGGACGAGUGUGUUGAACGGUGGCUUUAUGGAACUUCUCAUUGGUGGUCAGAUGCCGGUCAUCAACGAUAAAUGGCACCGAAUUCUCUACUUCGGCAACGUGGAUCAGAAACAAGAUUACACGACGAUUCCAGACGUAGCUGCUUAUACAGCUGCUGUAGCUGCGGAUCCAAAUCCAACACCAAAGUUCUUACGUAUUGCGGGUAGCUCGUUCAAUGCGAAGGAGUUAGCUGCCAUCGUGACUAAGGUUCGUGGUGAGCAGUAUAAGCCGAUGUGGACAGGAAGCGUUGGAUUCCUUCGGGGGAUCAUUUCGGUCCUAAAGUUCGUGAUCGGUGGAGAGGAGACGAAGAUAAUGCCCCCUUGGCAGGGAAUGCAGUAUAUGGAAAACAUACUCUCUGGAAAGGGAAAAUUGGAUCCUCUUGAUAAUGAUAGAUAUCCGGAUUUGAAGUGGACGACGGUUGAGAAAGCUUUAGCAGCGGCGGAUGCGGAGAAAAAGAAGAACAAGAAGUCGCAAUGAAACAAGGUGGAAUGAGUGGAGGGCGGGGGGUUUUUUUUAAAUGUAUUUGUAGGCUCUGGUAUCGGGAUUUGUUUGUAGCUUGUGACAUCGAUGGAGUAGUUCUUCUUGUUUAGUAAUAUAAUCUGAGUUUACAACUGUAUUUCUUGAUCA